GCGAGCUUGUCCCUUUUGUCCCAUCAAACAUCAUGUCAACCGAACGAACAUUUCGAACAUCUUCCAACCUCACACUCACAGCCAAAGAGUGGGGCACACCCGGUGGGUUCCCUAUCCUCGCCUUACACGGGUGGCUAGACAAUGCAAACACCUGGGACGUUCUUAUACCACAUCUUCUCGCUACACAUCCCCACCUCCAUAUCAUUGCACUAGAUCUAGCCGGACACGGACACUCCCAACACCGGCAUGCGGAAUGCGAUUACUUGUUUUACAAGUACGUUGAGGAAGUUGUCAGUGUAGCGGACGCAUUACAGUGGUCUCGAUUUGCUCUCCUUGGUCACAGCAUGGGGGGCGGCGUCGCAGUCCUCGUUGCCUCCCUCUAUCCCAACCGUAUUACCCACUUGAUCUCCGUUGAAGCUCUAGGCCCUUUUACACGUCGCCCAGCAGAGCAAGCAGCAAAUUUCAAGGCGUAUUUACAGGCUAAACCUGCUGUAGAGUCAUCUCGUAAACGCAUUUACACUGAUUUGAAGGAGGCGGCCCUGGCGCGGGCGACCGGGAACCCUACUAUGCCUCUUUCUGUAGAAGCUGCGGGACGGUUAGUGGAGAGAGGGACAAUAUAUGUGGAAGAGGGCGGGGAGAAAGGGUAUUGUUGGAGUACCGAUCAGAGGUUGAGGGUACCAUGGCCCGUGCAUUGGAGUGAUGAAGUCAUUGUGGAAUUACUGAAAAACAUUACAUGUCCUGUCUUGGUGAUUGUCGGGACAAAGGGUGUCAAAGGUAUGAAUUUGGAGGCAAGGAAAAGGGCGGUAAAGGAUCUGGAAAUUUUAUCCAUAGAAGGUGGGCACCAUCUUCAUUUGGAUGAUGCUGGGAAGGAAUGUGCAGAGGCCGUUGGCACCUGGUUGUCCAAGACGCAAGGCGCGGCAAGGUCUGCAAGGAAUGCACCGGUAAAAGCUCCUAUUCGGCGGUACAAGUUAUAGUGAUAGGUAGACAAAAUUAGACUAGACCUCUAACAUAUUUCAUCCAUUUCAUAAAAAAAUAACCGGACCGAGAUGAAAUAAAUGAGAUCGUUAAAAACACGACGAAGAG